UUAGCCUUCUGGUGACCGUCUGUCACGCUGAUGUGCCACUAGAACAAAAACGCUAAACCGGGAGACAUCUGGUCAGGGUGUCACAGAAAUAACCGCCAGAUCAACCUCGGAUGAGCUCAAUUCAUGUGGCACUAGGUUUCUUCUGCCAACCGAUGCCCGCAGAAGACACCCGUUACCUUAUCGAUGAAGGAAAUUAUUGGUUGGAUAUACCUGAUGAGAGAACGCCUCUCUCUCCCAGUCGACGAUUUACGGACGCAUCACGUGGUCACUGUCACGAUGAUACCACCGACCGAGGUAUUGAUAAACGCGCCAAAAGAAAACUUCUUAUUGCAUCUGGUUUAUGUUUGUGCUUCAUGAUUGGAGAAGUGGUCGGUGGUGCAUUGGCUCAGAGUCUAGCGAUCAUGACAGAUGCAGCCCAUCUUUUAACAGACUUCGCAAGUUUCUUGAUCAGCCUACUUGCUUUGUUCCUUGCCCAGAGACCCUCCACGAAAAAGAUGAGCUUUGGAUGGCAUCGAGCAGAGGUGGUCGGGGCUUUGGCCUCCGUGCUGAUGAUCUGGUUGGUCACUGGCAUACUGGUCUACCUCGCUGUGAUGCGGAUAAUGAACAACCAUUAUGAUAUAGAUGGGAAAAUUAUGCUUAUCACCUCUGCUGUUGGAGUUGGAGUGAAUAUCAUUAUGCUCCUGACCCUUCAUGACCACGGUCAUGGGCACAGCCAUGCUGCUCCGAAAGAAACCUCACCGCUGACUGCACUUAGUCACAAUCAUGAAAGCGUUCAUGCAAACGGAACCAAGUUAGACCAUGAAAAGCACAGUCAUCAACAUGGGCAUGGUGGUGAGCAUGUGCAUCAAGUCAGUCCAAAAUUGGAGCAAGAAAGCAAACGCCAGAAUAUCACUGUCCGUGCAGCUCUCAUUCAUGUCAUCGGGGACCUGGUGCAAAGCGUGGGGGUCAUGAUUGCUGCCAUGAUCAUCUACUUUCGCCCUAAACUCAAAGUGGUCGAUCCGAUUUGCACUUUCUUAUUCUCAAUCCUCGUUUUAAUCACCACAAUCAACGUGCUCCGAGAUGCACUAAGUGUUCUAAUGGAAGCCACACCGCGUGGUUUGGACUUCAACGACGUGAAGAACGCUCUUAACGAUGUGCCCGGUGUGGUGGAAUUGCACAACUUGCGGAUGUGGAGUUUGACAAUGAAUAAAACAGCUGUUUCGGUGCACUUGGCUGUUGAACCCCAGGCGGAUCCCCAAGAGAUACUUUAUCAAGCAAGCACCCUCCUACGAAAGCGUUAUUUGGUACACGAAGUUACUAUUCAACUCGAACCAUAUAGUGCUGAGAUGGCCGACUGCCAGAGGUGUCAAGAACCGAUUCGGUGAUCGCUCGCUCAGAUCACUAUUUAGCGUCUUUCCCGAAGCGCAAUAUUUCCCUCUUCCAGUAGUCGAGAAUACACUGCAUCAUUGGCAUUGUCAACACUCAUUUUGCUGUCCGUCAAUAUUACUGACGUGAGCGUCAGUCAAUGGGCACAUCGUCAAUAGUAGUACCAAAACAUGGCAUUUUUGGAUGUCAUCUUCCGUUUUUUCUGACCCGAAUGAAACUGCUUAUUGUUAUUUAUCCAAAACUGAAUCUGUCUGACUUCCAGGCACCUAUAUAGAAUAUAGUGGAUAAAUACAUAUAAC